GCCACCCCUCCAGCAGCCACUGUGUCCUGUCAGUCAUCCUGAAAUACACUGGAGAGCUUGUCAGAAAGUCCCUUGUAGGUGCCUCAGAAGCCAAAUAGUGAGGCGUAGCAGUUGCACUGUAGUUCCUAACACAAGGAAAUUACAUAGACAGUUGUUUUAGUGCUGAAUAUGGACCGUGUAUAUUCUAGGAUAGGUGAAAUGUCAACAAAAGUGCCAAGCAUUAAACUGAAAAUUGAUCCUCGGGAUCUGCAGAUCCAGACCUUUACAGUGGAGAAAUUACUGGAACCAUUGAUAAUUCAGGUUACAACACUAGUGAACUGUCCACAGAAUCCUUCUAGUAAGAAAAAGGGCCGUUCCAAAAGAGCUCGUGUCGUGUUAGCGUCUGUGGAAGAAGCCACAUGGAAUCUGUUGGACAAGGGGGAAAAAAUUGCCAAGGAAGCAAUUGUGUUUAAAGAAGAGCUUCAUGCAGCACUUGCUGAUGUCCAGAAAGAGAGUCAAGCCUUAAAGGUAUCAGCAGAGGCAUUUACCAGUGAUCCCUGCUAUCUGCCUAAGAGGCAAGCUGUUGUCCAAACAGCACGAUGUCUGCUUACAGCUGUCACAAGGCUUCUAGUUCUGGCGGACAUGGUUGAUGUGGCAUACUUACUGGAACAUUUAACUGUGUUUCAAAGAACAUUUGAAUCUUUAAGAAAUGUAUCCAGUAGAUCUGAUCUACAGAAAAUCUACCAGAAGUUUCGAAAAGACCUGGAAAAUCUUGAUUAUUUGGCACACAAGCGUCAGCAGUACCUAGAAAUGCGACAAGAUCCAAUGGGUGGAAGUCUGAAAAGUUAAAACCAGAAAGCGCAUGAAUGUUUUUGAGAAUAAACUACUGAGAUGGCUUAGUUAAGAACUACAGUACAUUAAUCAUUGCUUGUAGCCUUUAUAUCCAUAAUCCAUGCCUUUCUAAAAGAUGUGCAGCAACCGAGAUGCAAAUCAAAGGGCAUAAAAGGUUUUUGAGGCUUACACUAUCCAAUGAAUUUGAAUUAGAAUAUUUUUUUUUUCUCUAGACUUAAGAAUGACAGUGUAUUUUGGUUGUGUAUUUGGGAAUAAUGCUAAAAUUAUGUCUUUCGAAUUGCCAUCUUGGAUUAAUAAAUGAGUGAGUUUGUUUACUUUUGUAUUUACCACUCUGACACUCUCUACUCUUCUGGAGGGUUGGAUGUGUUGGUUUCUUGUUCAGGAAUUUUUAAACAAGUAUAGCACUUCAGAGUAUAGAUAUGUAGGCAUCUGAUUCGCAUAGACUUUUCUGAAGAUGCCUUCUUUCUUUCCUUCUUUAAUAUUUAGCCAUGCUAUAUAAAUUAUAAAAUGAGAGUAUAGGUUGUAUUUCCAGUAUUUUAGCUUAUUAUUUCCCCUUGACGUAAAAACAUCUAUUAUGUUGUUGUGUAAUUAAAAUAAUUGAUUUAUGCAUUCAUUAAAAGCAAACAAUGAAUCAGUCUCAGUAGCUAAGAGAGUAAAAAGUUGUGACAAACCUGUUUCCAGCCACCUGAUAUGUCUUGGUAGUUCUAUGAUUAUAACUCUAUAAUGUAGCCAUUGCUUCUGUGUGUCAUGGGGAUGAAGAGGUUUUUCUUUCCCCUGCUCUGCUAAAAGUGCUGAUAUGCCCCUGGUUACAAUUUUUUGGUAUGCAUUCUGUGUAGUGGGGUGGAAGACUUUUGCAUCCCCCGUCAACUUUGCCACUGCGUGCACCAUAGUUUUAUAGCUAAGAUCUUUAGUUGGAUUUUUCUCUAAUGCUAGUCGUGCAUGAUUUUAAGCUGC